AUGGCCCCUGGAGCAGCCGCCCCCCCCCCCUUCCAUGGGGAUGGCGGGGAGAAGGGGGGGAAGCUUGGAGGUCCAGGGGGAGGCAGGAGGGGAUCUGCAGCCCCAGGUCCCCCACCCUUCUCCUACCCCCCCCUGCUGCGGGUACAGCAGUGGGGGGGAGGGGAUUUGCCAUCCCCCUGCUGCGGUUGCGGCAGUGGGGGGAGGGGACCUGCAGCACCAGCCCCCCCCCCCCCCCCCCCCCCCCUCCUCUCCGCCCUUUCCUCCUCUCCCUCCCCCUGCUGCGGGUGCAGCAGUGGGGGGGAGGGGAUCUGCCAUCCCCCUGGUUCGGAUGCGGCAGUGGGGGGAGGGGACCUGCAGCACCUGCCUGCCCCCCCCCCCCCCCCGCCUCCCCCCCCCCCCCCCUCCCCCCAUCUCUCUGCUGCGGGUGCAGCAGUGGGGGAGGGUAUGGGGGUGGCGGGUGUGGCCAACCCGCCGGCCCUGCUGCGCCCCGCGCGCCCUGCUGCCCUGUGCGCCCCGUGCGCCCUGCUGCCCUGCUGCCCUGUGCGCCCCGCGCGCCCUGCAGCCCUGUGCGCCCCGUGCGCCCUGCUGCCCUGCUGCCCUGUGCGCCCCGUGCAGCAGUGGGGGAGGGUAUGGGGGUGA